UACUGUGUUUACGUUUCGGUGUUUACAGCGUGCAGCGUUUAAAAUGAAUUCCAAACGAGACUCUAAAAAACGAAAACUUCAAGCAUUGUUGGAGGACUUAUUAGAUAGUGCAAGUGAAUCGGAUGCUUCACAACAUCCUGAAUCUAUACAGAAUGAGGAGACCCCAGGGUUAGAUGAAGAAGACGAGGAAAUGAACAUUCCCAUCGCCCAUCUAGGAACAGGUGAAAAACCUGUUAAUCCUUUAAUUGCCCUCCUUGAAGGAAAGGGAUCAAACUUAAACAAUGGACCAGCAGUUCAUGAAGAUAUUCAACAGUUGCGAACGCUGUUUAUAGCUAAAGGUUUAGAUAAUGAUACACGCAAAGAGGCCAUUGAUUCGUUUCCGUUGCUGAAAGGCUGUACGGCAUUAAAUCCGCCCGAACUAAAUGCUGAAAUAAAAAUCUGUUUGAAUUCCGCUGUUCUUAGACAAGACGCAUUUUUGGUAAAAAUUCAAAACCAAUUAGCCGCCAUAAUCAGUGCUUUGGCGGUGCAGUUUAAUGAACUGUAUAAAGAUUCCAAGUCCAACCCCAGUCAGCCAACCGAGGAAGUUUUAAAAAAAGCUGGUGAUCCUCUAAAAUUAGUAGCGGACACAUUUCAUUCCAUCUCUUGUCAUCGGAGAUACCUAAUCGUUCCAUCUUUGGACUCAUCCAUAAAAGACAUCUUAGAGGCGUGUCCAGUUGAUUCUCUAUUGUUUGGAGUGGAAUUCCCAGAAAAAUGGAAGAUGUCUAAAGAGGCGAAGAGAUUGGGAGCUUCUCUUAAAAAGAAACCAAGCAAGAUCUUAAGAACAGGACCAAGUUUUUCUACUCAAUCCAUGGCUGUUACUGGGCCGUCAUCUUCAACUCCACGUUCCCGUACUUAUCAGGCUAGAAAUAAGAGUCCUUUUUUACCCUCGAGCCGCCCACCAGCCAGAUCUUGAUACAAGAAGGAACACGAAGAAGUGCGGAGGUAUCCACCACAAAAACGACGUUAAAUCAGAGAGCCACACCCCCUA